AUGAUAUUAAAAACGCUUGUGACAGUCCCUCCUACAGAUAAAAGCAGAAUUGUGGAUGUUAGUCCAAAGCAAUACUUUGCCGAGUCGGUAUUAUCAACUCUGGCAGAACAUCUGUUUGAUGACGAUCCCAAUUUAAGUAACGCUAUAGCGAUAGCAAUUAGCAAACUUUUAAUGUACCAGGACGGGAAAAUAGCUUUGGAUGCCGUGGAAAAUGAAAAAGAUAUGUUGCUGUCUCUGUCGACAACAAAUUGUAAAACACAUGCUGUAUACAAAGUGGAGAAUAUGAAAUUUGAUUUAUACAACGCUAUAGAUUACUGGAUACCAAGUAACGAUGAAAGUCUUGACCAAUGGGUCACGAGAAUAACUUUGGCUCUGCUGGAUCUGGUUUCAUCAUCUUCGAAUUAUUUGAGAUCAUUGAUUACUGUUUGUGCGAAAAAGCCAAGCAUCUCCAAAAGGAUUAUGCCAGCUUUAAUGGGUUUGAUCCUUUCUUGUUCGUCCGAUGUGCACGCAGCAGUUUUUGGAGGACAAAUAAACGAAGUAUUUAGAUUCAUUUGGAGUAAAAGCUUCGAUGAAGAUUUUGAAAGUAGCGAUUUCGGGGGCACCCCGAAAAAGACUUCAAGUAUAAGCCACGAUCAUAAAAUGAUAGUACACUAUCUGUUGGAUAUCGUAGACUUUGUCCGUAUACAGAGGGGGCAUUGCAAGUUAUGCAUACAAGGUCGUACAGUGAAAACUUUGAACUAUCUAAACCUUGAAUACGACAAGGUGUCGUGGGGGGCGACUGUCUCGGAACAGCCUCUGUUGGCAAUUUUCUACGGGGAGCUGUGGGCGGCCGCCGCUAACGGAGCCGUACCUCCUGCUGCGCCGUGUAACGUCACUCAACUCCCGGGGGGAGACCACGUUCAGAGAAUAUUCAGGAGAUGCUAUGUGUCCAUAGGUGAGAUGGAUGCCAUAGAUGGAUGCGGCACUGCUCACUUGACCAUUGAAAAGGAGAAAAGGAAACACCUCAUUAAUACCGGCCAAUAUUCUGAUGCUUUGCUCUUAUUAGAUAUAGCACUUUCUCGAGGGAACGAGGAUGAAAAUGUGUUAUAUGGGGUCGUGACGUCACUGCACAAGUUGGGCAUGCAUCAUUUGGCUCUACAGUAUAUCAAAUCUUACCCAGAAAGCGAUAAGCUCGAUGAUAUUAAAUAUGACUGCUUGUCCUAUCUUGGUGAUUGGAGCCACAUUGUUGAUACCGUGGAACUCGAAAACAAACUUACUAUAGAUAAUAUCAAGCAAAAUUCGGUUAUUAAAGCAAUGCGUUAUUCUUGCCUGAAAGAUUGUCUUAACAUGAAUCCAUCUGCAGAUUUCGACUUGAAACUUGAAAAACCGUUUAACAGGGCCAAAUUAGCUAUAGCCAAACUCUGCCGAGACCUUAACAUGGAAAAUUGUCAAAGUGUCUAUAAAGUUGUUUCAUAUUUGCAUCUAUUUAGUGACAUUGAACUAUACUAUUCGGUGAGGUGUGGAAAAAUGUCGAUAACAGAAUUGAUAAGUAGAUGGAAGAUCGACAACUUACCCCUUUUCAGUGAUUUUAAACAUGUCGAAGGUCUUAUAUGUCAGCGGAGUUUAAUUCUUGAGCAUGCUGCACCAAAUUAUUCUAUUCCGACAAUCACGGAUCUACAGUUACAAUACGCAGAACUGGGCCUAUCAAACAAAAGAAUCCAAAUGGCUCAGCGUCUUCUAGCCUCUGUAAAAAAUGACCAAUCAUCCAAAAAAGUGGCCCUGCUAGAGAGUCAAAUUUCGUGGGCCAAAGGGAAUAAAGACAUCGCCCUCUCUCUACUCAAUGGAAUAAUUACACAAGACAAAGAAGAUCCCGACCUUAUGGCUAUGGGUUUAAGGCAAUACGGUCUAUGGAUGGCAGAGAGUAAAAGAGAGAAUGCGAGAGAUAUCAUACAUAAAUACCUUGAGAAAAGUCUUAACGCUCUGAACGGUCGUGACGAUGUAGCAACGAGAUUUAAAGUGUACUACGACAUAGCUACUUUUGCUGAUGCCGAAUAUAAACAGGUGGUAUCUUACAUGCAUUCUUCUGUGUUUGAAGAUAAAGUAAAAUGUGUUGAGAACAUGAAAGGCGCAGAGGCUUCAUUAAAUUCGUCCCAACAAAGGCUAACAAAGGAUCAAACUAGAGCUUUGAAGGCCAAUCAGACCUUCAGACGGUUGGAUGAAGCAGAUAUCGUUAAUACUAAAGGAGAGAAGGAAAGUUUUCUUAAAAUGGCGUUGAAAUAUUAUUUAUUAUCAUUGAAGAUUUCUGAUGAAAACAACCUGUCUGUAUUCCGAGUGAUUUCUUUGUGGUUUGAUAACCCGGGUUUCGAUUUUGAAGACGAAAACUUGGAUAGACUUCUCCAUGAUGUACCAUUGUGGAAGUUCAUCACCGUUCUACCCCAACUAGCUCCCAGACUUUCAAAUGAAGAUACGUCUUUCGCUAAACAUUUGAACAAACUAAUAAAGAGAUGUGCACUGGAGCAUCCCCACCACACUCUUCCGAUCCUUUUCAAUCUCAAGAACUCCGACAAGGAUAGCAUUAUAUUGAACGCAAGUUCAUCAGUGUCGCUUCCGAGCUCGGUCGAACCGCGUAUUUUGGCGGCUGGAAAAAUAAUACAGGAGCUUUCUGACACUGAAAUAGCCCUUCCUAUAUCCCAAAUGGAGCAGAUCUGUAAUGCUAUAAUAAGCUUCGCUUACUACGUUCCUAAAUCUAAAGACUUAAAAGCUCAAACAAUUCCGAGAACGGAACCAAUAUCGACUUUAAAAAAUUUGAACGCUGUUCCGAUACCCACCGAUACGAUACCUAUAAAGAAGGAUUCUAAUUAUUCUCAAAUAGCUACUUUGUCUUCAUUUGAAAACAGCUUUGAACUAGUUGGAGGUAUCAACUAUCCAAAGAAAAUAUCUUGCUUGGGAUCCGAUGGGAAGAAGAGGAUUAUGCUAAUUAAGGGGGAAGAUGAUCUCCGCCAAGAUGCUGUGAUGCAACAGGUUUUCAACAUCGUUAACACGCUCCUUGAGAAGAAUCCAAUUACUAACAGGAAUAAACUCCUAAUACGUACUUAUAAGGUUUCUCCGAUGUCUCGACGGUCUGGUGCUCUCGAGUGGUGUGUAGGGACCACGACCUUGGGUACCUACCUUCUAGACGCACACAAACGAUAUAGGCCAAAGGAUAUGCCGCCAUCUACCGCCAGGGGUAAGAUAAAAUCUUACCAGGAGAACCGAGUGUCCAAUAAACGCAAAUUAGAAAUCUUUAAGGACAUAUUGAAAGCAUUUAGGCCUGUGUUUCAUUAUUUCUUCACUGAACACUAUCUCGAUCCAGUGACAUGGUAUGAAAGAAGACUUGCAUACACCAGAAGCGUUGCUACAUCUUCCAUGGUGGGGUACAUUAUGGGUUUGGGUGAUCGACACGUACAGAACAUACUGAUCGAUGGAACGACUGCUGAAUUAAUACAUAUCGACUUUGGUAUAGCAUUUGACCAAGGAAAAACAUUAAAUACUCCAGAAACCGUGCCAUUCCGCUUGACUCAAGACAUCAUAGCGGGAUUUGGAUGUAGUGGAGUGGAAGGAAUUUUCAGACGGUGUUGCGAGAAAACCUUACAAUUACUCCGGGAUCAUCAAGAAACUUUGCUGACUAUAUUGGAGGUGCUUCUGUGUGAUCCGUUGUAUUUUUGGAUAGUAACUAAGAAUACUAAAUUAGAGGAAUCAAAUUCUGAAAGUUCUUCGAGCAGCGGCCUGGCGUCCAGGGCUCUUCUGGCUGUUCGCAGUAAGUUGAGCGGGGCGGAGGGUGCGGCGGGCGCGGGGGGAGUGUCCGUCACCGGUCACGUGGCCAGGCUCAUCAGCGACGCCAGCGACCCCGCCAACUUAUGCCGAAUGUUCCACGGCUGGCAAGCCUACUUAUAA